AGAGCGGGCCACCCCUCACACGGACUCCGCACGACUCGGGCGAAGCUGCUGUUUCUGAUGGUUUCACGAAUCGUAGGAUGGGAUUUAUUUUAGCUGAGAGAUACAGCUCACUGCUCUGUUUACUGGAACUGGUGUCUUUACUCCAAGUGGCGAGCUGCACAGGGACAUGUGAGACGGUGUUUAAAGGAUUUUCAGACUGUUUGCUCAGCCUCGGAGAAAACAUGGUCAACUACCCCCAGGAGCUGGACGACAGGGAGAACCUGCGGACUAUCUGCUCAUACUGGAAUGACUUCCAUUCCUGCGCCUCCACCGCAAUUGCAGAUUGCCAAGAAGGAGCCGUAGACCUUUGGGAAAAGCUCAAAGUGCAAUCGAGGAGUCUAAACUACAAGGGGAGCCUGUUUGAACUGUGCUCAGGAGAUAAUGGUGCAUCCAGACUCGGUUUAACUUGGAACCUGGAACUGACGGUUUUGUCCAUAGCGGUCUCCAAACUGGUGGCAUGGCUCAUUUUUUGAAUGAUAACACCAUCAAGCAAACGGCCAAAUGGAUCAGAAGAACCCUCUUCCUGAAGAAAACAUCACAUCACUUGUCGUUUAGGUGCACAUAUGGAGAUUCUGUAUUGAAUGACGCAGGCUUUGGGGAAAAACCCAAGAGCCAUGCCAUUGGAUACCUUAUAUGGCAUUUGAUAUGGAGUGGAGUGUUUUUUGUUAUAGUUAUAUAGUGUAUUGUAUAGUUAACAUCAUAGGUCUUACAGUCUCAUAUGUAAUUGCAACAAAUCAAAGUUUUAGACUGAUAACAUUUUGCAAGAUGUUCACGGACAUGCUUCUCAGAAGCAACUGGUAGGGUUGAUCUAUAGUGCUUCAGAACACUGUUACUAGUAUUAGUAGUAGUAAUAUAUCUAUUAUUUAAAGUCUAUGUGAGUUCGAAAAAUCAUUGCACUUUCUUCUUGUGUUGCGUGAUGUAAUUCCGAGUGAAAUCAGAGAGGCUCUCUCAGCUGGCUGAACGUUUUCACUCGGUGAUGGAUGGGGGUGAUGGGAGGCGGAAGGGAAACAUAUUGUUGGUAAUACUAUUUUUAUCCAUCUGCUGGAAGAAAACAGGAAAAAUAGAAUUUUGUCAUUUAAAAAGGUUUCAAUUUUAAACUCUAAGACUCCCCAUACACACACACACACACAAAAAAUAAUCUCAGGAAUAAUUGUGUGUGUGCACAUUUUUGCAUAAUCUGUAGUGUAAAAGACUUCAGAAGGUGUCUAGACUUAGUAGUCACAUUUACAGGCCGUUUGAUCUGGGUGCUAAAAUAUAGAACCAAACGUCUCAGGCUGAGUUGUGCUAACUUCUUAUCUGAAAUUUUUCCAACUUUUUGUAGCCCAGAUCCAGACUUUCACUUGUGUAAAUAGUCUUAUAUUAUGAAACACUGGUGAUGCUGGCACAACAUUUAUAGGUCUGAUAGCUCAGUAUAUGAUAAAAUGACUGGCUGAUGCAUUUAAAUUUAUUACCAAUAAAUCUCAUAUGGUCUGAUACCAGGGCUGAGUUGCUCUUCACAGGUUUUAAAAGAAUAAUCUGACCCAAAAAAUCCCCUCACCUAGUCGAUAAACUUGGACGUUUGGUGUCUGAAGUUUUGUUUUUUGGCUUUGUACUGGACAAUAGUACAUCCCAUAGCUAAAUUGUUGUACAGUGUCAGAAACCACAUAAGCAAGCAUAUUUGAGAUGACUUGAGAUUAUUUGAGAAUGGUUGAGGCAAAUGCAUGCAGUUUGCACAAUUAGUGUCAAAUUAGUAGGGUAUAAGCUUUCGUUACAUAUUAGCUCUAUUAGCCUCAUAGCUCCAGUACCGGAAUGAAAAAGCAAACUUUGGACACUGAACAUGUCUUGGCUGAUGAACUACCUUUGGGGUAAAUUAUCUCCUUACAUGCUCAACAAACUAUGACGUCAGACCACAUAUUGCAUGACUCAUUUUAAAAGAAAUGUGGCUAACAACUAAUGGAUGGAUCCAUGAAAGGUUAGCAUCAUGCAAACUGCAUGUCCAAAUGUACAUACGUGCCUCAAACUGUGUCAAGUUGUUAAGUGAUCUCAAACACACUGGCUUAUCUGGUUUCUGACAAUAUAAAAUGCUGUUUUCUUUAAAACUGGUGAAAAGUCUUAAGCUAAAACAGUAGUAGUCGUUUUGAAGUUGGAAAUUUUUCCACUUUUAACGAUAACAGUAUGUCAUACAAUGUCAGAAAUCACAAAAACAAAUUUAUUUGAGAUUCCUAACAGCUGGAAACAGUCAUGUCAGGGACAUGCGGUGACUUGGAAAUUGAAUUAAAAAAUAUAGAAAACGUAAAAAGUAAAAAGAAAAGAAAGGCAGUUUUGAGAAUCUUGUUAUUGGAGCACAUCUACAUUUUUACUGCAAGAUUACUGCAAAUACUAACCCUGGUACUCCACGUGUCUGAGAUUAUUUUAGGGUGGAGUACAUGCACAUGCAGCAGUAAAGCCUGCAGCCUCUACAACUGCUUAUGAGAGCCAACGACUAGCACAUCUGUCCGAAUCACGUUACGCAUUGUAAACUUAGUUAACUAAUGCAGGCACUCGUUUAAUUAGGGGCAGAGGCUGGAAUAAAGCUUUAGCAGCAGAAGCAACACAGAUGUUUUGUGUCCUGCAGCUGGCUGCCCCCAAACUGGGCUUCUGGCUGGGUUAUUAACACGUGCCGUGCCGAGGGUCCAAAGCAGUCCCUGAACGAGCUGCUAAUAGCGGUGGGAACACAUCUGUUUACCUCUUGUGCUUCAUUAUGAUGAUGACAUAGAUGGGGAUGCUCAGUGAGUUUGUCUGUUUUCGAAUAGGUUUUGUUGUUUCUUCCAUAUCGGUCAAUGCAUAUAUGAUAGCAUGACUCCUUUUUGCUAGUAAUUCAUCCAAGAAAAUGAGUAUAUUAGUGAUUUGUUGUGAGUUUUUUGUAAAGUUUUUUCUUUACAUCUUGCAGAGGACAGAGGAACCUUUCAUCCAGACUAAAGACUGGAGUACAGUCGUUUUUUGUCAGCAAAAUUUCAUGCACGAAAAUGUGUUAAUUUCAGUGGAAUUUGCCAAGUUUACAUUCCAAACUUCCAGACUGAAUACAUUUUGUGGACAAUCCUUUGCGUGGCUGUUGGGGGCAGAGUUUCAUCAAGCAGCACUAAAGAUCCAAAAUGGGGGUGCUAAUGCUAAUUUUGUCACUGCCAAGGCACAAACUUUUAAACCUUUUUUUUUUUUUGCACUGGCUACAAAUAAACCCAUCCGUGAGACUUUGCAUGUAGUCAAUUGGGAGACUCUAUCAGAUUAUAUAACUACUUAGGCUUUUGGUGUUCUUACUGUUUAUGGUUGGUGAGCUACUUGCUAAAUAACUGCUAGGUUAACUGCCUGAUUAAGCCCUGCUGCGCACAUCUGUCAGUCCGUUCCUGCCAAACACUCCAGUUACUAUUAUUAUAUAUAUUUUUGCUACAACACAGUGUGCAGCUAUAUGUGCAAAUAGACCAUGUAGGGAACCAGCAUAGAACCAUAGCAUAGUGUUUUGGAUGCAGGUAUGUUGGUCAGCAGCAAUGGAUGUUGAUAAACUGAUCACCAGUAAAAUGAGCAGGAUGUGGUUUGGGUGCUGGUAUGCUGGUCAACCAGUGUCUUUUCUUCAGCUGGAGACUUAUCUGGUACAAUUUGUUUAUUGUUGAGAGUUAGCUGGCUGCACCAAAAUUAAUAUUUUUACAUUGACAAGCUUCUGGUCUAGUGACCAUAGAGGUACCACACAAAUCUUAUAUAAGGCAAUAUAUGGAAUUCAAAUAUGUGACAUGUAUUAACAUUUCUGGAGUUCCCUUGUGUCCAAUAUAUAUUUGUCACAUAUGUGACAUAUAUGGUGACUUUUCAAAUAUGGGACAUAUUUACAGAUACAAACAUAUGUGUAUGACACAUAUACAACAGUAUGUGAUGGAUUAUAUAUGGACAUUAUAUAUAGAUUGCAUAUAUUGCUCAUUUAUGUUAUAUAAGAUAUAUUUUGGUGCCCAAAC